AACUGCUUACGGCAUUCUCGUAGUUUCUACUGAUUGGACAAUAAGUGCUGGACACUGAUUGAUAUGCUCUCUGGAAUGACAUGGUUGAACGUUACAAUCAUGACUAGCUAGAGUAGGGCCAAAUUUAAUUGAGUAUUCGCAAGAGUGAUAGAUAAUUUGAUGGGAGAGAAUUACUUUACGGAUUAACGUUUUUCUUUCUGUUACAAGUGGGAAUAUUAAUUAAAGACUAAAGAUGAUACAAAGUUUCAAAAACAUUCCAUCAAGAUUAAAACUACACAUGUGACGAAUAUCAAACUAGUAUGGUGCUGACGGAAAAGGAAGCUGUUUGAAAUCAUCAUCUUGUCGACGGAUAUACUAAAUACUGUGGAUUUAUUGAAAUUUGAUCAAACAAUACAGCAUGAUAAAUAAAUGUUAAAUGUUAAUAUAUAAAUGAUAGUAACCAUCAUUUAAAAAAAAAUGGUUAUUUUAAUUAUGAUAUCGUUUGGAUAUAUCAGAUAUGAAAGUUAAGAGGAACAGCUAUGUCAGUGACUAAUACCACCGUUGACACAACAACCUUAAACGUGUUUGAAACUACACAGAAUGUUCCUGAAAAUAUCACGUUACCGGGCGAGCCAAAUGUAUACGAAAUGGUUGCAAUUUCUGUUGUUGUAGGAUUUCUUGCAAUUUUCACAAUGGCAGGAAAUUUACUAGUUAUUAUAGCUUUUAAAAUAGACAAACAACUUCAGACAAUUAGUAACUGCUUUUUGCUCAGUCUAGCGGUAGCCGAUUUUACAAUAGGUUUAGUGUCAAUGCCCCUAUAUACAUUAUAUCUUUUAAUGGGUUACUGGCCUCUUGGUACAUUAAUGUGUGAUUUGUGGUUAUCUCUUGAUUACACGAUGAGUAAUGCGUCAGUGGCUAACUUGCUUAUCAUUUGUUUUGACAGAUAUUUAUCUGUAACAAGACCACUUACAUAUAGAGCAAAUAGAACGCCAAGAAAAGUUGGUAUAAUGAUAGGUUGUGCAUGGCUAGUUUCUGUUCUUCUUUGGACACCGUGGAUAUUCGCUUGGCCUCAUAUCGAAGGUGAAAGAACUGUUCCUGAUACAGAAUGCUACAUACAGUUUCUAACAACAAAUGCUGUUAUUACUAUAUUAACAGCAUUAAUGGCAUUUUACAUUCCUGUUACAAUAAUGACAGCUUUGUACUUUAAAAUAUAUCGUGAAACAGAGAAAAGACAAAAAAGAAUGCCAAUGCUUCAAGCCUCCUCAAAAUUUGUCUCAAAGAGAAAAGCGCGUAUACCUAGUAAUAACUCUGGAGAUCUUCGAAGUUCAACGUAUCGUAGUAAUGAUACUAUGUCUCCCUAUCUCGAUGACGAGAUCGAAGAAUCUGACCAACGUCCCGGUGAUCACAGCUCUGUCUUUCAUCGUUGUUGUUGCUGUUGUAGAAUGAUAGAUAGAGAUUAUGAACAGACGGAAGAAUCAAGCACAAGUGACUCUCCCACAUCUCCAAAUUCUACACCAUCAAAUUUGCAUAAUUUUGUAUCACAACGUGUGACAAAUAAAUAUCGUGCAAUGUCAAAUCGUAAAACACAAAGCAAUGGAAUGGCCAGUAGUGUUUCAGUGUCUUUUCCACUUCAAUCAACUAGUUCUGAAAAUAAGAAAAAAGAUGACGAAGGCAGAGGUUUUCACGAGAGUGCCUCAGAAUCUCGUUUGCAAGAACCUUUAUUGCACGAUGACUACACUUAUACCAUUCUCAUUGACUUUCAUAAAAGAGAUAUAAGUAACAAUCAGUUAAAACCUUCUGUAACAAUGUAUACAGACUUAGUCGCGUCAGACGACAAUCAUUCCGAACUUCGUAACGAUAUCAUUUCAGACACAAUAAGUUCUAGCAGCAAAAGAAUAAAACAUCAAAACAAGACGAUGUCUAUAUAUUCUUCUUGUGAUAGUGAAACUGAAGAUGAACCAAAACCAAGUUAUAAAAAUCAAAAAUCUUCCCGAGCUAUAAGUGACAAUUCGGUUCCGUUACGUGUAGGUACGCCUGCACUUGGUAGACGAGCUAAAUCUCUGGACGCUGCAAAAACUGCGUCCGAGGCUCAUUUAGCAUAUAAAGUUGUAAACAAAAUUGAAAGUCAACGUGUUAAGAGGAAACGCCAAGAGAGACGUCAGGAGAGGAAAGCAGCGAAAACUCUUAGCGCGAUACUCCUUGCCUUCAUUAUAACAUGGACACCUUAUAACAUAUUUGCUGUAGUAUCCACAUUUUGUUUGACGUGUAUUCAUCCAACACUAUAUGCGUUUGGUUACUGGUUGUGCUAUAUCAACUCUACAGUAAAUCCACUGUGUUAUGCGUUGUGUAAUGCAAACUUCCGAAAAACAUUCUGGAAAAUUCUAAGAUGCAGAUGUCAGAAAGUCAAAUAUGGGAUGGCGUUGCGGAAAAAUACUAGAUAACGGCACUGACAUUUUUGAAGUAAUUUUAAUAAGACUAUGUUAAAUUUGGAUUGACCUCUUACACACAAAGAAAAAAUUAAAAUAAGAAUAAUUUUUUUUUAUUAAAACAAUAUUGGUGCUUAAACUAAAAUGCUGGAUUUUGAUCUACUCGAAGAAGACUUAACAAGUUCUAUAAAUAUUUAUCCGAUGUUUGACUCUGAUGAAAAAGAAACUUAAAAAAAACUUCUUCACAUAUUUAUCUCCUAGAGAGAUUUAUAAAACAUGUUAUUUAUCUAUUGUUUUGGUAUGGAAAAGUAA